AUGCCCUCUGCGCUCUUUCCCGACAAAUAUCUAGCCAUUAAAAUAGGAAAUGCCUUCUUUAUAGAGAUCCACAAAACCGCCUCUCCCUCUGUAACAACGAACCGAUCUCUCUUCUCUCGUCUUUCUCAAUGACUUCUCCAUCUCCAGCUUCGUACGGUUCCUUCCCACCCACCGCGCCCUCGUCCACCUUCCUCACACGCGCCAUCAAUACGACAUAUACGACAUCCACCAUCUUCGCCACUCGCCGCCCAUGGCGCGAAUUAAUUGAAUUCUCCUCCUUCGCGCGCCCACUGUCCCUCGGCGAUACCACAAUCCGCAUAAAACGGAACCUCUCCUACUUUCGCGUUAAUUACACAAUGAUAAUCCUCUCUAUCCUCUUCUUAAGCCUCUUAUGGCACCCUCUCUCAAUGAUUGUCUUCUUAAUCGUCUUCGUCGCCUGGUUUUACCUUUACUUCUUUCGUGACCAGCCAUUGGUGAUUUUCCACCGCACGAUUGAUGAUCGUGUGGUGCUUGGUUUGCUCGGUGUCGCUACUGUUGUUGCUUUGAUUUUCACACACGUGUGGUUAAAUGUCUUGGUUUCGCUUUUGAUUGGAGCUGCUAUUGUUGUCUUGCACGCUGCGUUUAGAAGAACUGAUGAUUUGUAUUCGGAUGAGCAAGAUGUGGCUGAUGGAAGUUUGCUUUCUGUUGUGGGGAGUCCCACGAGAGCUGGCCACACUCGCUUUUAAAAGAGCAGCGGUUUUUUCUCUUCUUAGAUGAUCAAUCUUGACCUGAUUCGAUUUUUUUUCUCUUGUUUAUUUUUUUUUUAGGUUUUUUCUUAAUAGGGUAGUGUUAAUUUUUUGUGGGAUGACUGUGUUGUAAAUGUUGUUAUGAUUGAAGAACCAGUGAAGAAACAGCUGGUUAAUGACGGUGUUUUGUACCUUCUUUAGUGUUGUUAAAGGAAGUAGUACUUCUUAUGGUGGGAAUAAAUGAUUUCUUUGGAUUUUAAUGCAGAAAUGUGUUCACUUCUUCUUUUUAUUGGAGUCCUUUUCUCUAUUGCUGUUGAUGUUAUAUGUUGUUGGUUUUCUACGUACACUUAAAUUUGUAUGAGUUUUGUUAGGUUUAAACUGAAGUUGCUUUAGUAUGAAUUCGUAGUAAAAAUGUUGUUUUUUGAGAUGAAAAUUGUGUGUUCACUGAUCCGGGACUCGAACCCAAAUCCUAGCUCUCACGGUGUAAGAGAGCACCGAUGAGUUACCAGCCCGUUGGUGUGAAUAGAUUGGUGCAAUCGCCAGUGUUGUUUGUUUUGAUGUGAACUUGGUUACAGUACGCAAACAUCCGGAUAUAGCAGGGUACAAGGUUGGUGUUCUAGUGGAAGUCUGGGAUCUGAACUUAGAAAUGCAAGAGAAGGAUACUACUAGUCUUUUUUUUUUUUGUGUAAAUUUUUUUGAAAGGUGGGGACUGACUCUGAAUUUCCAUUUUCUUGGGCUUAAAAGUGGCAUAAGUGCGUGAUGGUCUCCUUUUGGCUUCCUUUUUUCACGAACAGAGAUGGUCCAGAUGGUUGCCAAUAAGUUUCGAAGUACGGGUCUUUCUUUAUACGCAAUAACGUUGAGUCUCUCGAAUUGCAACGAAAAUAUUGCGGAAGAAUUUUCAUUUAAAGGUGGAUUGGCUCCAUUUGAGGAACUUGCAAGUGAAAAUUGACAAAGGAAAGUUAGCAAUAUUGCUGCCACUGGCCAUGCAAAGUUAGUGGCUUUCCCGUUGUCACAAUCCAUGUUUUUGUGACUUUAAAAGCUUCUUUCACCAUGGGUCUCCCUUUGCCCGCUAGUUUUUUGGAAGAGUUCUUGGUUCCUGGCUUGUUUUGUGCCUGAUUGGAGGAGUGGUUCCGGAAGUGAUCUCUUUUUUUGUUUUUUGAUGGGUCUAUGGAAUGUGUAAGAUUAUUCAUUCAGUGGCGAUCUCUUUUAAGUACUGUGACCGUAAUAUCUGCUUAUGCUUAUGGUCUUCUCACGAAUUCUCUCAUGCAUUUUCAGUUCAUGUUGUGAUGCCUUGGUAGCGUUCAUUCGAGGAAUGUGAUGAAUUAGUGAUUUAUUUUUC